GGAACUUGAGCAGCCGUCGCUGCCCCCUGUCGACCACGGCAGAGGGGCAUGGUUAAUUCUAGCAUCCUGCUGUCUGAUUCAAUUACCAGUUUGGGGCUAUUCCCUUGUGUCAGGUCUUUUCCAAGAAUACUUCGAGACUCAUAAUGAACUGCAAGGAAGCACCGGAGGUCUGGCAAUUGUGGGAACCACAUCAAUGGGAAUUCUUUACCUUCUAUCCCCGAUCAGCUUCACCCUUCUGACCCGCUACCCAUUUCUGCAAAAAUACUGUGCUCUUGUUGGGCUGGUUCUCAGCCUUGUGGGAUCUCUCAUGUCAUCCUUUGCUCAAACAGUUUGGCAAUUGAUUGCCACCCAAGGCGUACUCUGUGGACUCGGGAACGGCCUCGUCUUCAGCCCAACGACGCUGCUUCUUGACCAAUGGUUCAUUCGCCGCAAGGGCCUUGCGUAUGGCAUCAUGUGGGCCGGUAAGAGCGUCUGCGGCGUGGCUCUGCCAUUCGUCACGAGCGCUUCCCUUGAAAGAUAUGGAGUGAGAACUACCUUGCGAGCGUGGACUGUCAUCACGCUUCUCACAACUCUGUCAGCUUUGCCCUUCAUCAAGCCGCGAGUUCCUCCUGCAGCCUCCACAUCUCCUCAGCCACUUGACCUGGCAUUCUUGAAGCUGUUUACAUUCUGGACGCUUGAGCUUGGGAACAUCAUCCAGAGUUUCGGAUACUUCCUUCCUAGCGCGUAUCUCCCAUCCUACUCAACAACAGCAGCUGGCUUGUCCGAAACUACCGGUACUAUUCUUAUAGCUCUGUUCAACGCGACCUCCAUCGUUGGAGGUAUUGUGCUGGGUGCCAUGUGCGACCGCUUCGCCGUCCCAAAUAUCAUGCUGUUGUCGUCGGUAGGUUCGGGAUUGUCUGUGUUGUUGUUUUGGGGGCUUUCUUCUACCGCCACAAACACAAAUCUUCCUCCGGAGGAUUCCCAGACCCAUACCGCGCUCGCCCUGCUGACGAUUUUCUCAAUCACCUACGGCUUCUUUGCAGGCGGGUUUAGUUCUACUUGGUCCGGAGUCCUGACGCAGAUCAAGCGGGAGGUGCCUGCAUUGGAGACAGGACUAGUCUUUGGACUCUUGGCCGGUGGGAGGGGUGUCGGGAGUGUCAUCAGUGGACCACUUAGUGAGAAGCUGAUGCAGAAAGGUUCUGUUGUAGGUGUCGCGGGUGAGGUGAGUACAGGGUAUGCGACUGAUUAUGGAGCAGUGAUUCUGUUCACUGGAGUCACUGCUUUGUUUGGAGGUUGGGGCUGGAUUUGGACUAGGAUUGGGGUUCUUUGGAAGAGGCUGUAGUAGCUUAAGUGGAUGAAUUGAAAUCGACCUACUUUAU